ACCUGGCGCUUUUUUAUAGUGGAAGGCAAACGCACACAUAGACACAUACCUUCUAUCUUCCCACUCUCUCCACUGCGAUCCCCACUCCACUCUCCCCGUACUGUUUUAUUUGAUCCAUUUUUCCAGAAAAACCCUAGAAAUUCACUUCAAAAGGGUUGUGGUGGUUGGAUAAAACCGAGAAUUGGGGAACAGAGCAGUGAGCCAAAGGGGAGGGUAGAGAACUUUUUUGCCAACGUACGCCAAUAUGGAUCAGCAAGGACAUGGGCAUCCAGCAACUAUGGGAGUGGCUGGAACUGCAGCUCAAGCAUCAUAUGGUGUGAACCCGUAUGGAUCAGUUGGGAUGAUGCAAUCUCCUACUCAGCCAGCAGGUUCUGCCGCCUCUUCUCAGCUUGCACAACACCAGCUAGCUUAUCAGCACAUCCACCAGCAGCAACAACAGCAACUGCAGCAACAACUCCAAAAAUUUUGGGGAGAGCAGCAUAAAGAAAUUGAUCAAACUAAUGAUUUCAAAAACCAUAGUUUGCCAUUGGCCAGGAUUAAGAAGAUUAUGAAGGCGGAUGAGGAUGUGAGGAUGAUAUCAGCCGAAGCUCCUGUCAUAUUUGCUAGGGCCUGUGAGAUGUUCAUUCUAGAGUUGACAAUGCGGUCUUGGAAUCACACAGAGGAGAACAAAAGAAGAACACUGCAAAAGAAUGACAUUGCAGCAGCAAUUACGAGGACUGAUAUAUUUGACUUUCUGGUUGAUAUCGUCCCAAGAGAGGAUUUGAAAGACGAGGUACUUGCAUCAAUCCCAAGAGGUGGGAAUCCCCCAGUUGGGGGUCCAUCUGAUGGUGUUCCUUACUAUUACAUGCCUCCUCAGCAUGCUUCGCAGGUUGGUGCUCCGGCGAUGAUAGUGGGAAAGCCUGUGAUGGAUCAGAAUCUCUAUGGCCAGCAGGCACAUCCGUACAUUGCUCAACCAACAUGGCCACAGCAACAACAGCAUCCGCACGACGACCUUGAGUAAAAGAGUUAAUGGAGUAAAAAUUGGAAGGCCAAUUUGACUAUAUCAUCAUUGUUUGUAAUUGAAGGCUUACAAUUUAAAGUGUUUAUCUUGGAUACAGUAGUUACAUAGUUUGUCUUUUCCGGUCCUUAGUGUUACAAAAUAUUUGGGUUUGGUACAUGAAAAUUGAAAUGAUUCAGUAAAAGGUGUGGAUUCUGGUACUGUAAAUUAUAUGGCUUUUAUGUAUUUUGUUCUGCCGGUAAA